AGACUACAGGUCAAGGGCACCUUUGGUUUCCUUCAUUCAUUGUUUUACACUUUUAAACCUAAAUCCCCCUUUUCUCUUUUUCUUUCCUACGCGGUUUCUCAAUCUAUCCACUUCCACAACUCCAUUUCUGAAACACCCUUUCUUCUUUCGUUCUUUCUUUUCUCUCAAAUUUUGAAUGCAUGGACAUGGAUUCUGCUUUCAACAUGCCUCUCAUCAAAGACUUCACUUUCAAAUCCACCCCCAAACUUCACUUCGAUGAUUUCUGGUCCUCCAAUCUUCAAAACGCUUCAUCCCCAUCUUCCGACCACAUUUUUGUAGAUCAAUUCCUCAACUUUUCAGAUGAAGAACAGCAAGAAGAUGGAGAAAAAAACAACCAUUCCUCUCUUUCUCCUCCCCUGCAACUUCAACAACAUCACGACACCGACCAAAAUUCCAACCACAGCUCCACCAAUUCCUCCGAAGAUGACUUCUGGUCUAUUUCUUCAACAGAUUUUGAAGACCUUGCCUGGCUCUCUCAGCUCGUUGCCGAUUCCACCCAAGAAGAAUACUCUGCUCCACCACCGCCUCCCUCUGUUUUCUCGACACACAAACCUAGAAAUCCCCUUCCAAAAAUUCAAUCUUAUCUCAAUACCCCAUUUCCUUCAAAACCCAGAACCAAGCGACCAAAAAUCUCCGCCGGAGUCUGGUCUUUAACCCCGCUGCCGGCGAAGAAAUCAAAGAAGAAUCCUGCAGAUGAGGGCUCCGGGAGGGUCCAGGCGGGGCGCCGGUGCAGUCAUUGUGGCGUUCAAAAAACCCCCCAAUGGCGAGCCGGGCCACUUGGAGCAAAGAGUCUAUGUAAUGCAUGCGGUGUCCGGUUCAAAUCCGGGCGGCUCUUUCCCGAAUACAGACCGGCUUGUAGCCCCACGUUUUCGAACGAGCUUCACUCGAACCACCACCGGAAAGUACUGGAGAUGCGACGUAAAAAGGAAAGGGAGAGACCCCACUCCGGUGUGGAGUUAGUGUAACCGAGGAAGCCGGUUCAAAGAGGGCAAUUAAGUUUAGUGUAAAAAUGUCAUUUUCAGGGAGCCUUAUUAGGUGCGGUAGGUCAUCGGCGCUUCUUAGUUGUUAUCAGCUUAAUUAGAAUACCUUUUAUUUAAUAUAUUUAAUUUAUCCGUUUCUUUUUUCUUUCAAAAUUAAUAUAAAUUAUGUAAAAAGAAAAAGAAAAGAAAAAGAUAAGAAAAAUAUUGCGUAAUUGUUACGUGUAGUAGAGUGAGAGUAGUGAAGUUUGUGGAAUCUUGAAAUGGAACAUUUUGAGAAGGGGAGGAGUUGUCUUCUUCUUCUUCGUUAUUUGGAAAAUUAACAGAACAAUGAUCCUUAAUUAUAACGCCGUUUUCAAAA